UGAGUGUCCACACAGAAAAACGAAAUGUGAAAAUGGGCAAACCUAGCGUUAAUUAUUAGCGUCUGUAUGCCGACCCCAAUGCUGAAAGAAAAUUAAAGAGCAGCAGCUCAAUUUCCAAGUGAGUUAGGGCAUAUGAUAUUUCCAAACGAUGGCUGAGCGGCGGAAGUCUUCUCGGUGAGUUAGGGCUGAGCGUAUGGUGAAUCGCUGUCAGGUUGUCUUCAAGUUUCUUCUCGGUGAGCUAUUUUCGCACUUGACUUCGUCUUCUUCGUUCGACUAGUUCUCGCACUUGCUGUCUUCAGGGGUAAAUCAACUGAUCCAGACAUGAUGCAACAUCCCGUUGAUGGCAAAGAAUGGAAAGAGUUUGAUGAGAACUACCCCGACUUUGAUAGUGAACCACAAAAUGUUCGAUUGGGGUUGUCUACAGAUGGAUUCAAUCCAUUUGGAAACAUGAGUUUAUCAUAUAGUAUGUGGCCAGUUGUUGUGGUUGUAUACAAUCUACCUCCAUGGUUGUGUACUAAAGAUCCUUAUAAGCUUUUAACUUUAUUAAUUCCAGGACCAUCUUCUCAUGGAAAGGAUAUUGAUGUGUUCUUGAGACCUCUCAUUGAUGAAUUAAAGGAGUUGUGGUCAGAAGGGAUGGUUGUACAUGAUGGAGCUACAAACACGUGAUUUCAAAUGCGGGCUACUUUACUCAUGACUAUUAGUGACUUUCCUGCUCGCAGUUGUCUAUCCGGUUGGAGUGGUCAAGGCUAUUAUGCUUGUUCUUCAUGCGAUGUUGAUACCCCUUCCAUGCAUAUCACAAGUAAAACAUGUUAUGUUGGGCAUCGAUCAUGGCUACCGACUGACCACAUAUUGAGGAAGAAUAAAAAGUUUAAUGGCCAGGUUGAUAAAAGCACUUCUCCAAAACAGAAGUCCACGCGAGAGAUAUUAGUAGGGGUGGGAUCGGUCCGGUCUAGGUCGGGUUUUUGCUAAACCCAGAAAUUACCCGGAAGGUCUCGGUGUUAGAACUAUUUAUUGUGAAUCAAGUUUGUCUGUAAUGUCUUGUUUAAGUAAAUUAGAAUAGAUGUACCAUUUAUGGUAUUAGGGUCUGUUUGCAACAGCUUCUGCUUUUAAAAAAGUACUUUUUUAAUGAAAUGGGGAGAAGUGAUUAAAUAAAAGUUGAUAGUGUUUGAGAAAAAAGUGAUUUUGAAAAGUAAAAGUGGGUAGUGUUUGGUAAAAUAAGUGUUUUUUGUGUAAUAGAAAAAGUAAAAGCACUUUUGACGCGGAAGCCGAGAAAAAUAAAAGUUGUAGUGUUUGGGAAAAUAAGUGCUUUUUUAAAGCCAAAAGCUGAUAAGUGCUUUUUUAAAAGCAGUUGCAAACCAACCCUUAGUCUUGUUAUGUAUUAAAUAGGAGUAAAGGAAUAUGGCCCAAAAAAAGGCUUUAGGCCCAAACUCCUAGGUAACCUAAUUUGGUAACCUGUGCAGCGCCUAUAAAUAUGCGCGUCCUGCACAGGUACCGUAGUCGAUCAUUCUAUUCUCUAGCCUUACGCCGUCAAAACAGUUCUCGAUAUAAUAGAAGAAGAAUUUCUCUGUUCUCGAUAUUGCUUUAUCAUUAUCAGAUCUUCUUUCUCUCUGUUUAUCGUUGAAUACCAUCUAGCUGUGUGUUAGUCUGCUGAAAUCUGAGACCAACACUCGGGUUAUGAAAAUUUGGGACCAGAACAAAGCCCAUUAUAUUCGGUCCGAGUCGGGUUUUUGGUAGCCCGGGUUCGGUCCAGGUUCGUGUUGGGCCGGUUAAAGCCCGAACGUGAAAUAUCACAUUGUUCUUUUAUAUUUUAACACCUA